UUGACAGCGGUUGGGAGAAGAAGCUCGAGCGCGGCCGAGCAGCAGUGAGUGUGUGUCUGCGGCACCGUUUACCGUUAAAAACACAAACCACGGCUGACGGAGAGAGCACCGAACCCCGGCCGCAGUUUGUACGACGAACCUCGGCGUGAACAUGGACUAUGAUAAAUUGUAGCGUGAAAAAAAGGCUGAGGUAACGGCUGUUUUUUUUUUUUUUUGGACGACAAGAGCGCGCGCGCGCGUGUGUGUGUGUGUUGUGUGUGAGUGAGUGAGUGAGUGAGUGUGUGUGUGCGCGCGGGGGGGUUUAUUGAACAUCUGUAGAGCUGUAAUGAGGGCAUCCGCUAUUCUUCACGGCGGGUUUUCCUCCGAGGUUCAGUGACACUAUUUAUAAAUGCGUCGUCUGUUGAAGGAGUAGACACCUCGGACGGGGACGCAGCCUGCGGACGUUUGGUCGAUUCCCUCCUCCCGUGGCCCCGGGGGAGCAGUGAAGUCAUUUGAGAAGUCACCGGAGAAAGAAGACACGUCUUAAUCAUCUCGGUAGUUUUGCAAAAAGGGGGAAAAAAUCCGUCGACUCCCUCCCUGCUGCACCUCCACCUCCUCCUCUCUGGCUCUUAUAUAUAUUUUUUAAAUCUUACAUGGUUUUGUACCUCUGAGCUUUCAUCGCCAACCCUUCCUGUGGGCAUUUAUUUACCCCCUCCACCUCCUCAACCACCUCCUCCUCCUCGUUUAAAGGAUGCCGGAUCAAAUAUCGGUGUCCGAGUUUCUCUCGGAGACGACAGAGGAUUACAAUUCCCCGACGACGUCCAGCUUCACGACCCGACUGCAGAGCUGCAGGAACACGGUGAAUGUGCUGGAGGAGGCGUUGGACCAGGACCGAACCUCCCUGCAAAAAGUGAAGAAAUCAGUGAAGGCGAUCUACAAUUCAGGACAAGACCACGUCCAGAAUGAGGAGAACUACGCUCAAGCUCUGGAUAAGUUCGGCAGCAACUUCAUCAGCCGGGACAACCCUGACCUGGGGACGGCCUUCGUCAAGUUCUCCUCCCUCACCAAGGAGCUGUCGGCCCUGCUGAAGAACCUGCUCCAGAGCCUCAGCCACAAUGUAAUCUUCACUCUGGACUCGCUGCUGAAGGGCGAUUUGAAAGGCGUGAAAGGGGACAUAAAGAAGCCCUUUGACAAAGCAUGGAAAGACUACGAGGCCAAGUUUACAAAGAUCGAGAAGGAGAAGCGAGAGCACGCCAAGCAACACGGGAUGAUCCGCACGGAGAUCACCGGGGCUGAAAUCGCAGAGGAGAUGGAGAAGGAGCGCCGUCUCUUCCAGCUCCAGAUGUGCGAGUACCUGAUCAAAGUAAAUGAGAUCAAGACCAAGAAAGGAGUGGACCUCCUCCAGAACCUGAUUAAGUAUUACCACGCACAGUGCAAUUUCUUCCAAGAUGGCUUGAAGACAGCGGAUAAGCUGAAGCAGUACAUUGAGAAGCUGGCAGCUGAUCUCUACAAUAUCAAACAAACUCAGGACGAGGAGAAGAAGCAGCUGACUGCCCUGCGAGAUCUGAUCAAGUCCUCCCUCCAGCUGGACCAGAAGGAGUCUAGAAGAGACUCGCAGAGUAAGCAGGGUGGCUACAGCAUGCACCAGCUGCAGGGAAACAAGGAGUUUGGCAGCGAGAAGAAAGGCUACCUGCUGAAGAAGAGUGAUGGGCUGAGGAAGGUGUGGCAGAGGAGGCAGUGCUCAGUGAAGGGGGGCAUGCUAACCAUCUCUCAUGCCACGUCCAACAGGCAGCCGGUCAAACUCAACCUGCUCACCUGUCAGGUCAAACCCAGCUCUGAGGACAGGAAGUGCUUCGAUCUCAUUUCUCAUAACCGGACAUAUCAUUUCCAGGCUGAAGAUGAACAAGAGUUUGUCAUCUGGAUCUCGGUGCUGACCAACAGUAAGGAGGAGGCGUUGAACAUGGCGUUUCGAGGCGAGCAGAGCAGCGGCGGCGAGGACGGUUUAGAGGACCUGACUAAGGCCAUUAUAGAAGACGUGCUGCGCAUGCCGGGCAACGAAGUCUGCUGCGACUGCGGAGCUGCAGAUCCUAAAUGGCUGUCCACCAAUCUGGGGAUCCUGACCUGCAUCGAGUGCUCUGGCAUCCACCGAGAGAUGGGGGUCCACAUCUCCCGUAUCCAGUCGAUGGAGCUCGACAAACUAGGAACAUCAGAACUCUUGCUGGCCAAGAACAUAGGGAACAGUAGCUUCAAUGAGAUCAUGGAGGGAAACCUUUCUUCCCCUUCACCAAAGCCCACUCCAUCCAGCGACAUGACGGUGAGGAAGGAGUUCAUCAACGCUAAAUAUGUGGACCACAAGUACGCAAGGAAGACGUGCACGUCCGCGGCAGCUAAAAUGAUCGAGCUGUUUGAGGCGGUUCAGUCCAGGGAUCUGCUGGCCCUCAUUCAGGUCUACGCAGAGGGGGUGGAGCUGAUGGAGCCGCUCCCAGAAGUGGGACAGGAAGCCGGAGAGACAGCACUGCACUACUCUGUACGGACCGCUGACCAGACCUCGCUGCACUUGGUGGACUUCCUCGUGCAGAACAGCGGUAACCUGGAUAAGCAGACGGAGUGGGGGAACACUGCCCUGCAUUACUGCUGCAUGUACGAAAAGCCCGAGUGCCUCAAGUUACUCCUGAGGGGCAAGCCGGCUACUGAUAUCACCAAUCAGAACGGAGAGACUGCGCUGGAUGUUGCCAGGCGACUGAGGAACAUUCAGUGCGAGGAGGCACUCGUGCAGGCUGCUGAGGGGAAGUUCAACCCUCACAUCCAUGUGGAGUACGAGUGGAGCCUCAGACUGGAGGAGAUGGACGAGAGCGACGACGACCUCGAUGACAAGCCCAGUCCCAUCAAGAAGGACCGCUCCCCGAGGCCUCAGAGCUUCUGCCACUCCUCCAGCCUCUCACCCCAUGACAAGCUCUCCCUGCCGGGCUUCAUCACCCAACGGGACAAACAGCAGCGUCUGUCCUACAGCGCCUUCACCAACCAGAUGUACAGCGCCUCCACCGACCUCACCUCCUCCCCCGUGGCCGACGGGCCGCCGUUGCCACCGAGGAACCAGGGCAAAGCUCCUCCCCCAUCUGGCCCUCCCUCUACACUCACACCAGGAGGCAGCUCCACCCUGUCCAAGAAGAGGCCUCCGCCCCCACCUCCUGGACACAAACGCACCCUGUCUGACCCACCCAGCCCGCUCUCUCACAGUCCACACAGUAAAGGGGGCUUAACUGGGGGAAGCGACUCCACCCCACCGCCUGUCAGCAAGAUGUCUCCAGUUUCUAACAAGUUUGAAGGAAUUCCUCAGCAGCAAAGCACUACUUCAAGCAACACGAAGUCUACACUUGGUCCAAGGGUUCUUCCCAAACUACCUCAAAAAGUGGCAUUGCGGAAGAUUGACACCAUACACCACCCGUCUAUGGAUAAGCCCAGCCAUCCUCCAGAGGUCUUCCAGAAGUCGCCGCCGGCGACCGACACCCCGCAGAAGGCUCCACUGGCGGAGAGGCCUCAGCUGGGCGACCUGCCCCCCAAACCGCAGCCGUCUGAACUUCCUCCCAAACCCGGUGAACUUCCUCCGAAGCCGCAGCUCUCCGACCUCCCUCCUAAACCUCAGCUGGGAGACCUCCCGCCCAAACCCCAGCUCAAAGACCUGCCUCCCAAGCCUCAGCUCUCAGACAUCCCCCCAAAACCUGGAACAGCCGAGUCCGCUCCCAGGCCGCCUCCCGGUGAGGUGCAAAGGCCUCAAACGCAACCUCCACCUCCACCACAAACUCAACCUCAGCCUCAGCCUCAGCCUCAGCCGCAGCCUCAAGACUCACCGUCACCUAAUCAGCAGGCAAACAUUGGGACGCCCCCGCAGCAAGCUGCUGAAGACACCAAUGGGACCCCAACAGGGACUGCGGAGACACCGGUGCCCCUGCCGAGGAAGAUCAACACGGGGAAGAGCAAAGCUCGCCGGGUGAAGACGAUCUACGACUGCCAGGCUGACAACGACGACGAGCUGACUUUCGUUGAAGGAGAGGUGAUCAUAGUUACAGGAGAAGAGGACCAGGAGUGGUGGAUCGGGCACAUUGAAGGAGACCCGGAUAGAAAAGGGGUGUUCCCCAUGUCUUUUGUGCACAUCCUGAGUGACUGACAGCCAGAAAGACUUGCACUACGCCUCCCCCUUAAAUGGGAGAUCCUGUAAAUAGCUAUCAUAACAACAACAACAACCCCCUUGUCACAUGACAAGUGUCCUAAAGAUUAAAAAAUUUAAAAAAACAACCAACCAAGAAGAAGAAGAAGAAACCCAAGAAGGCUCAUCUAGCCAUGGAUGCUUCAUCCAUGCUGUACAAAGAAUGUGUGUAUUCUUCCUUUACCAGUAUUAUCUUAACCCUAUAGCACGGCUGUGACGAAGCCACUCUCAAAAAAAAAAACCCUAGCACUUACCUAAAAGUCUAUGUUUAUGCUGUUACUGUGUAUAUAUGUAUGUAAAUAUAUAUAUUUGUGUGUGAGUGUAUAUACAUGUUUUAUUGUACAAAACAUGUACCAUUGCUCGCUCUCUCUUUCUCUCUCUCUCUCUCUCUCUCUCUCUCUGCCUGUCAGACGAAGCAUCAGGGGCGGUAGAGUUUGAAUUUUAUCUGUAUUAAUUUUACCAGCCCUCAAGACGAAGAAGAUAGAAGUUAAUUAUCAGCUUAUAUUUCUGGACAAAUGAGAAAAAGGAAUGUGAAAUAGGUCAUGUCACUAUUUGUGUCUUGCAUCCCUGUUUACCACCAGAACCGAAGAGGCAGGAGUCUCUGAUCACUGAUCUUCUCCCACCCCCCCCACCCCUCGAGAUGAAAAGACUUUCAUUAAAUGUACUCCUUGUUCUUGCUUGCUUUGUGUGUACACGUAUUAUGGUUGUUUUACAGUAUAGAAACCUGCUGCUACUGUGUGGUGGAAUAUCAAAGCCUGUGGUGGUUCACUGUAGGUCACUAAUUUACUCCUUGUUACACUGUUCACUGUACGUAUGCUCUGUGUGUGAACUCAAAAAAAAAAAAAAUCCAUCUCCACAGUCCUUUUUUUUUUUUUUUUUUUUUUGGACCAUUUUCUGUGCAUGGUGUAACAAUGACUGGAAUUGAGUGGAGUGCUGCAUUCAAAGACGCUCACCUCAGGGGUUUGAAGAGCCACUAUUAAUCUAAAGCAGGACGUACACAAAAAAAAGAGGUAUCCUGUUUUGUUAAAGCCACUAUUAUAACGACAACUACGAGAGGACAUCUUAGCAAUAACUUGAUUUUCUGACAGGCUAGAAGUUUCACAUUAACCUGUGUUCACACUUCAGUGUCUUGUAAAAAAACAAAAACACACAAAAAAAAAAAACCUCAUGAGCUUGAAGAAGUUUUUAAGUUGGAGUCAUGUAAUAUCAUUCCAUGUUACUGCUACCUUCAGUACAUUUCCAGGUUUGCCUGUGAGCCAGAGAUGUCUUUUAGAAGUGGACUUUGUAACAAAAAAGGCUGGACAGCCGAUGUAUUUUCACCCAGUCCUCACUGACUUGCAGUUCUUCCCAUGUUAAGGAACAAAACCCAUCAAACCCAUUGUAUCAUUAAAAGUGCUGUACUUCAACA